GUGCUUUUGCUCUGACGAAAGCCCGUGGGGCUGCCGACCGCUUCCUAGAACGGAGCUACGAUUUCAUCCAUUUAAAUCACCCGAGCUUAUUUGCGACUUUCGCUCAUUCCUCCAUACCAACACUUGUUAUUAUUGAUUCCCUGUUAAUUCAUUCACUUGCUAACUACUGUCCCUUGGCUCUCUUAACCCCUGCCAGAAGCAGCCCAUAUUUAUCUCCUCUUUCUCUUCCUUAAGCUUCACAAUGUCAACCCGCAGACCCCGACGGCAAAACAACAACAAUCACCGUCACAAUCAGCCUCAACCCUCGGACUACGAAUCAGACUACCAGAACUAUUUCUCAGAUACCCAACAACAAGAAAUCAACAUGCCACCUCCCCCAGUCCGCUCAAACGAAGAGCUGAACCUCUCCGUCCUCCACCGUCACAACCCCGCCAUAACUUCAAUUCUCUCCCUAGCGCCGUACGCCGUCAUCUACAUAUUCAGCCCAACCACACGGCAGUGGGAAAAGAGCGGAGUGGAGGGCUCACUGUUCGUUUGUCAGUUAUCGCAGGGGUCUCUAGGCGAAGAACGAUACAACGUCUUCGUCCUGAAUCGGCGGGGUCUGCAUAAUUUCGAUGUUCCUCUGACAGAAGGGGAUAAUGUGGAAAUUACGGAGGAAUAUGUGAUUCUCAAGGUCGACAAUGACUCCGGGUUGGGUGUGGAUAAUAAUAACGGCAUGAAUGGGAAAAGCGCCGAUCUUCGCAUAUACGGUCUUUGGAUUUACUCCGAACCCCCUCCCAACUCUACGGCCGAAACGCGCAGUAUCAAUGCCCAGGUGAUUCGGGAAUGCGCCAUACAUGCAGGUCAAAGUUUGAAGCUGGCCCGCGAGCGACUGGAAGCUACUCGCCAGAAUGGACUGCACGCUGCAGCCGCGGCUGCGGCUUCUACGGCUGACCCCGUGGACGAGGUGCAAUCAAGUGUUGCCAUGGGUCGUCAGGUUUCUUUGAGGGAUCUUUUUGGGCAACAAAGGGCCCAGGAUGAUGGAUGGAGCACAACGGCGCACCAUGUCGGUCCCCAGGGAUGGCCCCAGCCUGGGAUGAGUGGUCCGAUGGCGCAGCCGCAGCCACAACCGCAGCAAGAUGUACUAGGCGAUCUAUUUAGGAGGGCCGGGUUAGCGUACCAGGGGGGUCCCUGAUCGAGGAGCCCCCGCCAUUGUCUAAGAGAUGUCUGUUAGGGGCCUAAUGUCAUGACACUUGCGAUACCCAUGAUAUUUGCACAAUGAGCGCAGUUUCCUUCCAAUGAAACAACAGACAACCCUGCAUUAUAAUAUAAAUUAGAGACAAGGUGAUAUAAA